AAACAUAAAAAUAAAAAUGGGUGAUGAGAGUCAAGAGGAUGUGGAAGACCGUGAGCGCAUCUUCAAGCAUUGUGACACAAAUGGCGACGGGAAAGUAUCUUCCACGGAGCUUGGUGAGGCCCUCAAGGCACUCGGUUCAGUAUCAAUUGAAGAAGCUAAGCGGAUGAUGGCUGAGCUGGACACCGAUGGGGAUGGCUUCAUAUCAUUGGACGAGUUCACAGAGUUCGCAAAGGCCAACAGGGGCUUAAUUAGGGAUGUUGCCAAGAUUUUCUAGUCUUUCUUAUAUAUAUUUUGGUAAUGAACUUAUUAUUAUAUCAGGGUCAUCAAGUUAAUGUGUUAGAUGUUGAUACCAUGAAGGGAGUUUGUUAGUUUGGGAACAAUGGUAUUUUCUAAAAUAGUUUUACACUAUCGAUAUGUCCAGUUGUAAUAACAGUUAAUAAUGUUCAUAAAA